CCAGACAGUGGAGUGUCUCAUGACUCUCUUUUACUAAUAAAACAUUACUAUACCUUCUAACAAAACCACGCUCAAAUGCUUCAUUUCUUCUCUCUUCUUCUUAUAAUACGCUCCGCCACCCCAAUCUCUCCUCUCUUCUCCGCUCUCCUCUCUCCCUCUCCCCUCUCUCCGACCACCGCCGACGACAACAGCUAUGCUUCUCUUCUUCCUCUCUUUCCUCUUCCUACUCUUUCCCUCCCCUUCUCUUUCUCUCAACCAAGAAGGCCUCUACCUCCGCCAACUCAAGCUCUUUCUCUCUGACCCUGACUCCGCCCUCUCCUCCUGGUCCGACCGCGACUCUACUCCUUGCGCAUGGUUCGGCGUCGGCUGCGACCCUGUAACUCACUCUGUCACUUCUAUCGAUCUCUCCAACUCCAACUUAGCCGGCCCAUUUCCUUCACUCCUCUGCCGCCUCCAGAAUCUCACUUCCAUUUCUUUCUAUAAUAACUCUAUUAAUGACACUCUUCCACUCGACAUUUCCUCCUGCCAGAAUUUACAGCACCUCGAUCUUGCUCAGAAUUACCUCACUGGUACACUCCCCCAUACCUUAGCUGAUGUCCCUAAUCUCAGGUACCUUGACCUCACCGGUAACAACUUCUCCGGGGAUAUUCCUGAGUCUUUUGGUCGCUUUCAAAAACUAGAGGUUGUUUCUCUUGUUUAUAAUCUGUUUGAUGGGAUAAUUCCUCCAUUUUUGGGCAACAUUACUACUCUAAAGAUGCUGAAUUUGUCUUAUAAUCCCUUUUCUCCUGGUCGGAUUCCGCCGGAGCUUGGGAACUUGACCAACCUGGAGAUUUUGUGGCUCACUGAAUGUAAUUUAGUGGGUGAAAUUCCUGACUCUUUGAGUCGACUCAAGAACCUCAAGGAUUUAGACCUUGCAGUCAACAAUUUAGUGGGCAAGAUCCCGAUUUCACUCACUGAGUUGACUAGCUUGUUUCAAAUCGAGCUCUACAACAACUCGCUGACUGGUGAGUUGCCUCGAAGCUUGGGGAACUUGACCUCCUUGAGACUCCUUGACGCCUCCAUGAACGACUUGUCUGGGCCAAUUCCUGACGAGUUAUGCCGGUUACCAUUAGAGAGUCUCAAUCUCUACGAGAAUCAAUUUGAAGGGAACUUGCCUGCAAGCAUUGCGAACUCCCCACGGUUAUACGAACUCAGGCUGUUUCAUAACAGACUCACCGGAGUGUUGCCCCAAAACCUUGGCAAAAACUCGCCUCUGAGAUGGCUGGACGUGUCAAGCAAUAGAUUUACUGGCGAAAUCCCAGCGAGUUUGUGUGAGAAAGGCGAGUUAGAGGAGCUGCUAAUUAUAUACAAUGCAUUUUCGGGUCAAAUACCUGAAAGUUUAAGCGAAUGCCGGAGCUUGGCCCGUGUUCGCUUAGGCUAUAACCGUUUGUCCGGUGAAGUGCCAUCUGGGUUCUGGGGCCUGCCUCAUGUGUACCUUGUUGAGCUUGUUAACAAUUCAUUGUCGGGUCCAAUUGCUAAGACAAUAGCAAGUGCAGCAAAUUUGUCACUCUUGAUUUUAGAUAAUAAUCGUUUCAAUGGAAGCAUACCAGAGGAGAUUGGCUGGUUAGAGAAUCUUGGGUCUUUCUCAGGAAGUGGAAAUGAGUUCAGUGGACAAUUGCCCGUGAGUAUAGUGAAUCUGAAGCAGCUAGGAAGUCUAGAUCUCCAUGGUAAUUUACUUUCUGGAGAGCUGCCAACUGGGAUUGAUUCUUGGAAGAAAAUAAAUGAACUCAAUUUGGCUAACAACGACUUUUCAGGGAAGAUUCCUGAGGGAAUAGGAAGGCUUCCCGUGCUCAAUUAUCUUGAUUUAUCUAGCAACCGAUUUUCUGGGAAAAUCCCACUUAGCUUGCAGAACUUAAAGUUGAAUCGGCUCAAUCUGUCAAAUAAUAGGCUAUCUGGGGACAUUCCACCUUUGUUUGCCAAAGAAAUGUACAAAAGUAGCUUUCUUGGGAAUCCUGGUUUAUGUGGAGACAUUGAAGGCCUCUGCGAUAGGAGAGGGGAAGGGAAACGCGAAGGUUAUGCCUGGUUGCUGAAGUCCAUUUUUAUACUUGCUGCUUUUGUCCUUGUUGUUGGUGUCGUUUGGUUCUAUUUUAAGUACAGGACUUUCAAAAACGCAAGAGCUACUGACAAGUCAAAAUGGAUCUUAAUGUCGUUUCACAAAUUGGGUUUUAGUGAAUAUGAGAUCUUGGCUUCUCUUGAUGAGGAUAAUGUAAUAGGGAGUGGAUCUUCAGGGAAAGUCUACAAAGUUGUGCUAAGCAGUGGUGAAGCAGUUGCAGUGAAGAAACUCUGGGGAGGAGCCAAAAAGGAGAGUGAUGAAAACGACGUCGAGAAGGGUCAGUUUCAGGACGAUGUGUUUGAGGCAGAGGUGGAGACUUUGGGGAAGAUUAGGCACAAGAACAUUGUAAAGCUCUGGUGUUGCUGCACAACUAGAGACUGCAAACUUCUUGUAUAUGAGUACAUGCCUAAUGGAAGCUUGGGUGAUUUGUUACAUGGUAGUAAGGGAGGUUUGCUUGAUUGGCCAACAAGGUAUAAGAUCCUUUUAGAUGCUGCUGAGGGGCUUUCUUAUUUGCAUCAUGAUUGUGUUCCUCCAAUUGUGCAUAGAGAUGUUAAGUCCAACAAUAUUUUGCUUGAUGGGGAUUUCGGAGCACGGGUGGCCGAUUUUGGUGUAGCCAAGGUGGUUGAUUCCACCACUGGCAAGCCGAAGUCCAUGUCUGUUAUUGCAGGGUCCUGUGGUUACAUUGCUCCAGAGUAUGCUUACACACUCAGAGUGAAUGAGAAAAGUGAUAUCUACAGCUUUGGUGUGGUUAUUCUCGAGUUAGUCACAAGGAGACUUCCGGUGGAUCCAGAGUUUGGCGAGAAGGACUUGGUUAAGUGGGUAUGCACAACUCUAGAUCAGAAAGGAGUAGACCAUGUUAUUGAUCCAAAAUUGGAUUCUUGUUUCAAGGAAGAUAUAUGCAAAGUCCUCAACAUCGGUAUCCACUGUACUAGUCCUCUGCCCAUCAACCGGCCGUCCAUGCGAAGGGUAGUAAAAUUGCUGCAAGAAGUUGGACCAGAGAACAUGCCUAAAACUGCUAAAAAGGAUGGGAAAUUGACACCUUAUUACUAUGAAGAUGCCUCGGAUCAUGGAAGCAUAGCUUGAGAAUUACAGUAGUCUAAUUUUUUUUUUUCCUUUUCAACUUGGGAUUUUGAAGGAGAUAAGCUCCAGGUUUUCUUGUUCUAGGGUUAACUUCCCAGUUUGCUAUACAAAGUGAGGGAAGGUAAAGGAGAAAAGAAAUGGGUAGAAUGCAAGGAAUUUCUUAAGUUAUUAAUGAGAUCUUAAAUUCUUGUACACUGUAAAGUAACUAUUCCUGAAUUUUUCCUUUAAAUGGGGUCUUACCCUCCAUUAAAAGAUGCUUUGUUGAGGGUGAUGUAUUAUAGUGUUAAGUGCUCUCAUCCCUCAAGACUAGAUUUUCUUGAAAAUGGUGGGUCUUUUAUUGGCA